CAGGGAGCGAACCGAAACACAUCUACACGACCAGCAAUAAUAGCACAAACACAGCAAUGAGAGCACGAACAAGCAUCCGAUACGAGUCAAACAUAUUUUGACUCUUUGUCUGAUGGUCUACGACGUGUACAGCUGUCAACAGGACAAUCAUCGAACACAAAAUGGCGAACAAACGCACCACACUACCCUUCAAAACCGCGAAUAUGCCCCACGACCUAGAUACAUCCCUUAAGUACCAUCGAUUACCUUCUAGCUUUUCCAUACCAUCAUUGGCACCAAUAGCUCCACUGCAUCACAUCUUGCCUCAGACCCAAAAUGCUCGCCACACCCCUCUCGCGCCUUCACAUCUCCUGUUCAUGCGCCGAGUGCAACACCUUCCUUCGCCCUCUCCCCAAGAACCUACCGCCAAUGCGACUCUCAUCUGAUCUGCUCCCCCCAGGCCUCGGUGUCUCCCUCCCACCAACACCAGCCGCCACCCCUAUACACACACGGAAGUGCACACCAUACGCCACUCCCCAGUUGCGGCCUACAGCACCGACACUAGCACCUUCGCCUGAAUUUCCACUCACCAGAUCGAACUCUCAGAAAUCUAGCAAGGAGGGAGCGGGUGGACCCAUAUCCCUUCCCUCACUCACCCUUUGCUCAACGAUGACAAAACGCGUCAACAUCGCUAGCCGCUCGCUGUGGACGCACAUCUCCUCUCCAAUCGAUGAGCUGAAGACGCCGCUCAGCGUAAAGACACCCGGGCUAGCUACAUGCGCCCAGGAGCGGUGUGUGGGGAAAGUAGUACCAGGAUUUGGACGCACGGUGUGCGGCACCUGCGAAGACGAGCUACGCGGCGCUGUACUAGGGCUGGCGGCUGUGGUGAAAAACGACGUCAUUGAGAAAGAGAAGGACCAUGGUAGACUGGGGCUGAGCAGGAAUGAUUCGUUGAUGGCGCCGUCGCCUAAGGAUGAGAGCAAGCACACCGAGCCAGAGCUGUUCGCCGUCCCGAGUACACCGCCGAGCACCAAGCUUCUGACCGCGCAUUCACGCACACACUCGCAUCAAUGCACCUCCCGACAUGACGGUAAGGCGACAGAGCUGACGCUCUUCGCGCUUCCCAACACGUCGCUCGACAAGUCUUUUGAGGAGUUCACGCCGACAACGCCAACAACAACGUACGCACAGGACUUCCCCGCUUUUCCUAUAAACAGCAAGAUCAAGGAUGGCAAGGCUGCGAGCGUCAAGGCGUCAAAGAGGAGUAGUCAGGAAGUUGAGGGGUUGGCGAGGUCGCUGUCGAAGAACGGUAGGAAGAAGGAAAGUAAGACUGUAAGCAAGAUAGGGAGUAAGAGCAAUAUCAGGUAGAUGUCGACGGCGACGGGGUGUACAACAUUUGGAUUGAAGACGAAGAAGAAAACGUAAGGUGGACGACUGAGAGAGAGACCAGGUAUCAGGGCGAAAGAAAUGACAUGCGUGAAGGAAACUAGGAACAGGAAAACGGAACCAUUGUCAUAUCAAAACGGAGCAUUUGUGAGUUGAACUUUUACUUGAAAGGUUCGUCACCGCGCCUCUUGGCGGGUUCUGGCAGCAAAGCCAGCAUAGCUAUCGCAUAAACUAUCCUAUGUAGCAAUUAAGUGUGCUCCUCAUUGCAUCGGGCAAGCCGUCCUCCAACGCCUCGUCCCAAUCAAAGCCGACGCCCUUGAACAGCAUAGCCAA